UAUCAUGUGUCCAUUACUCCUCUAAUGACCGUCGACCGUGUAAUCGUUGUCCAUUGAGUUCGUACCUCGGUAAACCUUUCGAUGUAGGCGAAACUUUAAUAGAUUAUUUAGAUUAUUAUGCUAUAGUCGUCGUUCGUCAUUCACCUCUUACAUUGGCUUCCAUCGUUUCCGUGGUCUAUAUAUGUUUCAUAAACCACAGGACUUGCUCAAACGCACGCCGCCCGAUGGAAUAAAUCGGCCAGAGUUCCUGAAACAGCUCGUUCAGGAGUUUCGGAAAACCAACAGUGCUGAGUCCAAGCUUCAAGUGCUGGCCAACCUCGCCAACUUUGCAUACGAUCCUGUCAAUUAUCAGCACAUUCGUACUCAGAAAGUAAUCGAUUUAUUCUUAGAACAGUUGGCUUCUGACAAUAACAAACUGAUAGAAUUUGCUGCAGCUGGACUCUGUAAUCUAGUCAAUGAUCCUGUCAAUAAAGAUUAUAUUAUUGGGAAUGGUGGUAUCCAAAAAAUAGAAAAAAAUUUAAGUUUAGAUGAUGACAAUAUAAUACUUUCCUGUAUUACAACUCUUAUGUAUUUGUAUGCUCCAGAAAUAAAAACAGACAUCGUAAACCCGUCCACUGUCGGCUAUAUGCUAUUGCACGCUCAGAGCGAAAACCCCAAGCUGAAGAAUGUGGCUAAAAUAUUUUUGACAGACUUCUGUACCGAACACGACAUUCAAACGGCGGUCACGUUCAACACAUAGUGUCCAUCCGAAUAACAAAAAUGGCUUUGACUCAACGCGCCCUGACCACUUGGGCUUCAAUGGUGAUUUUCUUGGUGCUGCUCACCAUACAAUUGCAGACCAAACAAAGACAGAGUUGGUAUCUGAUAUUCAUGCCGAUUUGGUUAGACGACGCGCUCACGGCACUGUUUAUAAUAUGCUCUUGCGUGCACAGCAAUUCUUGUCAAGCCAUGACCGAGAUGCCGGUGUUUUGUGGCAGUCGCAGGUGCAUAAUAUUCGUCAUAUGCCUGAUGAAAAUCAUCGCCCAGCUCACCCUCUGCUAUAAGCUGGAAAACCAAAAUCCCCAGUUUCCAAUAUACUACGUGUUUUUGCCAAUCUGGACGCUCAUCGUUUACCUGAUAAUCAUCGUGAUACCGCCUCUCGUUAGACAUUACAAAGACUAAUGGAAUUACUUAAUAUUAUAUAUAUUUGUACAUACGUGAUAAAUAUUGUUAUUAUAAUAAGUUAUAUUGUGUAAAUCCUUAAUAAUGCAAGUGAUGCGACAAGACUGCGGCUAAAUCUAUUAUUAUUAUUAUAUAAUUUAGUAUAUUUUUUUUAUAUGAUAAUGUUUUAUAGGUAAUUGUAAAAAUCGAGUCAAUUUUUAUUUCUGCAAAUAGAUAUUAUAAUAAGUAUAAGUGUUUCGAGUUAAUAUACAUGUACAAUAUUA